AUGAAAUACUUGUUUGUUGUUGCUCUUUGGAAUUUAUUGAUGAAUCCUUGCCGGUGCUUUUACAGCUUCUGGACAGCACCAAAUACCAAUAACCACAUCAUGUCCCAACACAGGAGACAAGACCAGGAGUUGCAACUUGUGUCAGAGGAUUGCAAUACAAAGAGGAAGCAUGGGGAGCACAAGGAUAUAAUGGGAGAGGUAACCAGGACCCAUGAAGCCAUACAAUUGUUGGAUAAGUCAAUCUCAACGCUGCAGAUGGAGCUUGCAGCAAAGCGAAGCACGUUGGAACUGGUCCGUUCUGGUGUGCCAGUAACUUCAGAAACUAGUCAAUCAAGGAAAAAAGCAUUCGUUGUCGUUGGAGUUAACACCGCUUUCAGUAGCCGCAAGCGUCGUGAUUCAGUCAGGGACACAUGGAUGCCUCAAGGUGAGAAGCUGCUGCAGCUUGAAGAACAGAAGGGAAUAGUUAUCCGCUUCACUAUAGGCCAUAGUGCUACAUCCAAUAGUAUAUUGGACAAAGCAAUAGAUGCAGAAGAUGCACAGCAUCAUGACUUUCUUAGACUGGACCAUGUCGAGGGGUAUCAUGAACUCUCCGCAAAGACAAAAAUCUUCUUCUCCACGGCCGUGGGCAUUUGGGAUGCUGACUUCUUCGUCAAGGUCGAUGAUGAUGUGCAUGUGAACUUAGGAAUGCUUGCCACUACCCUUGCGAGGCAUAAAGCGAAACCAAGAACUUAUAUUGGCUGCAUGAAGUCAGGCCCAGUUCUUGCUGACAAGAAUCUGAAGUACCAUGAACCCGAGGCCUGGAAAUUUGGGGAGGACGGAAACAAGUAUUUUCGCCAUGCUACUGGACAGAUAUAUGCCAUCUCAAAAGAUCUUGCGACCUAUAUCUCAAUAAAUCAACCUAUCUUACACAAGUAUGCGAACGAAGAUGUAUCACUUGGGUCAUGGUUUAUUGGGUUAGAGGUUAAUCAUAUUGAUGAAAGGAACAUGUGCUGUGGAACUCCACCAGAUUGUGAGUGGAAAGGGCAAGCUGGCAAUAUCUGCGUGGCAUCCUUUGAUUGGAGCUGCAGCGGCAUAUGCAAGUCCGUCGAGAGGCUCAAGGAUGUACAUGCUCGAUGCGGCGAAGGCGAUUCUUCUGUUUGGAGUGAUCUAAUCUAG